CCUUCGAGACGGCCCGGAUUUUCCCGCCCUUCACUGGCCACGGGAGGGGGGUCAGAGUUCACGCCCCUCUCCUGGGAUACCUGCUUGAAGUCGGGAGGUGCGGAGAUUUCAUAGGUGGCGGACGUAUUUCCGGUACCGAAUCUUAAAGGGGCAAAGAACAUGCUCGAACUGUAAACGCUGCCAAGGACCAGAAGGCGGGAAAAGGUGGUGUGGGCGGGGUCAGGGGUGAAAGGUCAGAGGGCUGCUAAGGGGCGGAGCGAGCCGGAGGCGGAUGGCGGCUGCGGCGCCUCAUCAUCUUUGGCGGCAGAGUCGCUGAGCGGGGACUGUAGGCGGACGCGUCCGGCGGUCGGGAGAGAGCGGCGGCCGCUCCCAACAUGCACAGUCUGGCAACGGCUGCGCCUGUGCCUACCGCACUGGCUCAAGUGGAUAGAGAAAAGAUCUAUCAGUGGAUCAAUGAGCUGUCUAGUCCUGAGACGAGGGAGAAUGCUUUGCUGGAACUAAGUAAGAAGCGAGAAUCUGUUCCUGACCUUGCACCCAUGCUAUGGCAUUCAUUUGGUACUAUUGCAGCACUUUUACAGGAAAUUGUAAAUAUUUAUCCAUCUAUCAACCCGCCCACCUUGACAGCACACCAGUCUAACAGAGUUUGCAAUGCUCUAGCAUUACUGCAGUGUGUGGCAUCACACCCAGAAACCAGGUCAGCAUUUCUUGCAGCACACAUCCCACUUUUUUUGUACCCCUUUUUGCACACUGUCAGCAAAACACGUCCCUUUGAGUAUCUUCGGCUAACCAGUCUUGGAGUUAUUGGGGCCCUUGUGAAAACAGAUGAGCAAGAAGUAAUCAACUUUUUAUUGACAACAGAAAUUAUUCCUUUGUGUUUGCGCAUAAUGGAAUCUGGAAGUGAACUUUCUAAAACUGUUGCUACAUUCAUCCUCCAGAAGAUACUCCUAGAUGACACUGGUUUGGCUUACAUAUGUCAAACAUACGAGCGAUUCUCCCAUGUUGCCAUGAUCUUGGGUAAGAUGGUCCUGCAGCUAUCCAAAGAGCCUUCUGCCCGUCUGCUGAAGCAUGUAGUGAGAUGUUACCUCCGACUCUCAGAUAAUCCCAGGGCACGUGAAGCGCUCAGACAGUGCCUCCCUGACCAGCUGAAAGACACAACCUUCGCCCAGGUGCUAAAAGAUGACACCACCACAAAACGCUGGCUUGCACAACUGGUGAAGAACCUGCAAGAGGGCCAGGUCACCGAUCCCCGGGGUAUCCCUCUGCCCCCUCAGUGAUGAUCUCCUGGCCCCUCCCAGUGCUCCCCCCAAGUUGGGGGAGGGAGGAGGAACCUGCAAGGAAAACAGCUCAGGUUUUAUCGCCGACCAGGAAUAGACAACCUCAAUGCAGAACUGCACUGGAGAAAAGGGGCAGUGUACCCCGCUGAGGUGUGUGAGCUGCAUCUCAGGCUGCCUUGUGGACCUGGGCUCCCUCUGCUACCCCAGGAAUUGGGCUCCUGACACAGCAGUCUGCCACCUCAGCCCCAGGAGGGUGUCAACACCAGCAAAUGCUGUACUUGCAGCAAGCCCAAGCUUCCCCACCUCUCUCUCGCCACUGGCAGGGAGGGGAGACAGUGGUGACAGCAGCUGCACACUAGGCAUGGUAAACGCCUGGGACCAAGCCAUGUGGCGUGCGUUUGUUUGUUUUUGCCUUCCUGGAAGAUUAAGAUUUGUCUCUUCAUUCUCUCAGUAUUUGUUUACUUUGGUGUUUUGUUUAUUUUUAAUCUCAGAGAGGUGUGUUUUGUGGACACAAGCUGUAACAUUCAGCAAAAUGUCAGUUGGCGCUGUUUACAAGUUUGUUAGCUGCAUAAGCUCAAUAAAAAGUUGGUCUGGGCAUUACAUCCCCUCUAGCAGCUACAUCCCCUCAUGAGCUGUUGGGAGGAUGGGGAGGCAGGGGAAAGAUACAGAAGCCAAAGGACAGCAGGAAACACCCACCACAUAUUUCCCUUCCUUUCUCCAGUCUUCUACCCCCAGUUCUGAAUGCCGCAAGGACCUUAACUUUGUUUCUGGCUUUAGCUGCUAGCUUUUCCAAAUCUCAGUGCUUUUCCCCUUUUCACUUUCCUCUAUUUAAACAAAUGUCUUAAUUCAUCAGGUGGUCCUGGAAAAGAUAUUAUAUUGGGGGAGGAGGAGGCACAGGGGACCUCACCAUCAAAUCCUUAAGGGUAUUUUCUGAAUGACUUAAUAGGGGAGUGCCUGAGGUUAAGAUGAUAGGCUACUUGAUGCCACUCUUUGUUCUGGUGUGCGUUUCUGCAGCUCCAUCUGUCUUCAUGACUGUACUUGCAGUAUUGCCCAAGUGAGUUAAUUUUUCAGAUUUGAGAUGGGGGCUGGACUCUGCUUACUCAGCCCUUUAUUUUUAUUUUUUUGACACAUUCCCUUUUGGUCUAUGGAAAUUAAAGGGUUGCCACAAUAAUAUUUUCCACUUCUUCAUAUUUUGUCAGAGAAUCCCCCUUUCUUCUUUGAAGGUUUAGAUUACUUACUUGUAAUCCAGAGGCUUGAAUCUACCACCCACUAUAAACUGUCUUGCUUCCCCCCUGCCUCCCACUGCCAACAACUGUUCUCUCACCCCAUCUCCAGUCAAAACUGGGAUGUUAAUCCGACUCUAGAGAAGGACCAAGUAUUUUCUGUGCACAUCUCCCUGGAUUAAAGGACUCUGAAUGAGUUUGGGGAAGACCUAUCAAGGGCAGGCUCAGAAAAACCUUUGCAGAGGCAGUUUUGCCAACCCAAGGGCUCUUUCAAGCCGACUUUCACAAAGGGAGCCGGCCUUGUUAGUUGGCUUCUGUCUCUUUAGAGCCAAGAAUCAUAAUUCAGUGACCUGUGUGUGGAAGGGUAGACUAAGCCCUGCCUUCCAAAACGAAGAGGAGUGCCAAGCCAGCUCUCCAUAGUCUCAAGUCUGAAGAAAAGAGGUCUUGGAGAAAGCAGCGAACAGCAUGGACUGAAUAGACAGUUUGACUCCCUUCAGACUGUGGUUUGUUCUGGAGAACCCAGCUACGGUAACCCUGAUUUUUGCCAACCGCCUUCCUGCUGAGCCAAAGUUUUUUCAUACCCCCUUCACUGGGGAAGCAGCUGAGGCCCAGGGCCUUGCUCCCUGGGGAAUUCUCUCCAUCUCGGUGCAUUGGCCUGUUACCGUGCCAAUAAUGUCUUAAUUCUUGUUCCAUCUAUUCUCAGCUGGCCUUGAACCCCAUGUAGGUAUUUGAGGGAGGGGUAUAAAUGGGUAUUAUUACUUGCAGUUGAUCCUGAUGAUGUGUGUAUGAAGAGCUCCCUCCCCUUAUUUUGUGUUUUCCAUUCCUCUCACUCCCUCAUCAGGAUUGAAAUAAAGCGUGCUUUUGUUUUU